AGACCCUCUCACUCAGACAGAGAGUCCGGCUCCUCUCGGUGCUGUAUCGAAAGCGGUGGUGUCUCUCGUCCCUUUCUGUAGAAUCAAAUGUUGGUGAAGCAUGGCGUCAUCUCCGCCUUAACACGAUCGACUUCUCAUUCACCUUCUUCUUCGUCUUCUACUGUGCUUAGAAGGCAACAGUUCUUGGUACGAACGCUUUGUGCCUCAAAAACUCAUCUCCCAAAGCUCAUCAGAGCAAUGAGUUCGACUUCGGAGGCCGACGCCGAGAGUGUUCUUAGAACCGUCACACCAUCGCUCGACCCCAAACGGCACAAAGGCCAAGCUGGGAAGAUAGCUGUGAUUGGAGGAUGUCGUGAAUACACUGGAGCUCCUUACUUCGCCGCCAUUUCAGCUCUCAAAAUCGGUGCUGAUCUGUCUCAUGUGUUCUGCACGAAAGACGCAGCUCCUGUUAUAAAGAGCUAUAGUCCUGAGCUUAUAGUUCACCCUGUUCUUGAGGAAUCUUACACCAUCAGUCAAUUCAGUGAGGAAGAGAAGAGAAAAGUCCAGGAUAAAGUGAUAGGAGAAGUGGAUAAAUGGAUGGAGAGAUUUGAUUGCCUUGUGAUUGGUCCUGGUUUGGGAAGGGAUCCUUUCCUCCUGGAGUGUGUGAGUAAGAUCAUGCUUCUUGCCAAGAAGUCCAAUGUUCCUUUUGUUGUAGAUGGGGACGGACUGUUUCUUGUAACGAAUUCCAUUGAUCUAGUCAAGAGCUAUCCGCUUGCUGUCUUAACUCCAAAUGUGAACGAGUAUAAGCGUCUUGUUCAGAAAGUGCUGAACUGUGAAGUGGACGAAGAGAAGGCUGAAGAUCAGCUACGUUCUUUGGCCAAACAGAUUGGUGGCGUAACGAUUCUGAGGAAAGGGAAAUCUGAUCUUAUAAGCAAUGGGGAGAUAGUAAAAUCAGUGAGCAUAUAUGGUUCGCCAAGGCGAUGUGGUGGACAAGGUGAUAUUCUCUCUGGGAGUGUCGCAGUGUUUCUGUCAUGGGCACAACAGCUUAAGUCAGAUCCUGAAAGUCCAUCUGAGAGUCCAGUAAUCUUGGGAUGUAUAGCUGCAUCUGGUCUGCUGAGAAAGGCUGCGUCCCUGGCUUUUACAAAACAUAAGAGAUCAACUCUCACAAGUGACAUUAUCGAAUGUUUAGGAAAGAGUUUGGAGGAUAUAUGCCCUGCAUCUUAGUCUGCAGAAGUCGUGAAUUAGAGCUGGUCUUUGCCUUCUACUACAUCUUGUUGUCUGUGAGAAACUUCAAAAGCUGCUCAUGUUUCUGUUAUCUUUCUGUCUGUUUUUUUCUUGAGAGUACUGUUCUCAAUAAUAAAACCUGAAUCUUGUAAUUACCCAAAUAAAAGUUACUACUCAAUACUCAAGACCCAUUCAUGUUUGAGAUUGUAAA